GCCAGCCUCAGUGGAGAGGGUAGAGGGGAACGGCUGACUCAUGGAACUCUUCCUUGUCACUAACUCCCAUGAACUCUGUAAGACAGUAGUCGGGUCACCACCUUCUGCACAGGUGUGUCCCUGUAGCCUUGGGUUCCUUCUCUGUGCUUACAACAUCCCGAGCCAGUGGUUGGUUUACUUCCUGGUGACAAGUGAGCAUAAAAACAAGGACUGCAUUUUUCUCCAGUUUAGGAUUUGGCACACACGUGCAGCUCUCCGUGUGUCUCCCUGGGUCCCUAAUCCUCUAGCACAGUUCCUUAUCCGAGCUCCUGAUAUCCAGUAGCCAUGCAGCGGAGAACAAGAGAAAUCAACACCGGCCUCCUCCUGCUCCUCUCUCAAGUGUUCUACGUUGGGAUCAACAACAUUCCGCCUGUUACCCUCGCAACCUUGGCUGUCAAUGUCUGGCUCUUCCUGAAUCCUUGGAAGCCCCUGUACCAUUCCUGCAUCAGCGUGGAAAAGUGUUACCAGCAGAAAGAUUGGCAACGUUUACUGCUUUCUCCCCUGCACCACAGAGAUGACUGGCAUUUGUAUUUCAACAUGGUGUCCAUGCUCUGGAAAGGAGUGAGGCUGGAGAAAAGGCUGGGAAGUGGAUGGUUUGCCUACAUCAUCGCCACCUUCUCCCUGCUGACAGGGGUGGUGUAUUUGCUUUUGCAGUUUAUUUUUGCCGAACUCAUGAAUCAGCCUGACUUCAAAAAGAACUGUGCUGUCGGCUUCUCAGGAGUUUUGUUUGCCUUGAAAGUUCUUAGCAACCAUUACUGCCCUGGAGGCUUUGUCAACAUUUUGGGCUUUCCUAUCCCCAACAGAUUUGCUUGUUGGGCAGAGCUGGUGGCCAUUCACUUCUGCACCCCGGGGACUUCCUUUGCUGGGCAUCUGGCUGGCAUUCUAGUUGGUCUGAUGUACACACAUGGGCCUCUGAAGAAAAUCAUGGACACGUGUGCAGGCAUUUUUAUCUCCAAUGCUGAGCCUUCAGGACAGCAGCACCACUUUAAUAAUGGAGUCCCCUACAGAUAUCAGAAUCGCUAUGCAGACAGCAGACCAGUGAUCCAUGACACAACUUACAGGAACUAUGAUAUCUACACAGCAGGUCUGAGCGAGGAAGAGCAGCUGGAACAAGCAUUAAGAGCCAGCAUCUGGGACCAAGGAAAUACCAGAAAUGGCCCAAUACCGUAUGGGUUCCGGCUCCCGCCAGAAGAAGAAAUGAGGAGACAGCGCCUUCACAGAUUUGAUGGCCAGUGAUAUGGCACCAUGCAGGGGAAGGCGAGCCAGCUCCAGCUGUGCGAUUGGAGCCCAUUCACUUUACUCCCCAAGCCCCUAAUUGGUUUUAAACAAAAGAAGAGCACACGGUUAUCGUUG